UCCCCGCGCGCAAUCGCCCAACAAACCCACGCCCCGUCCCCCGCACCAAGCGGGCGGGCGCGACCCCAACUCGAUCGAACCCGUGCGCCGCACGCCGCCGAGCGCCGGGCGUGCCGCGACCCAACACGCGAGGCCCGGAACCGGAAGCCUCUCCACCUCCUCCACCUCCUCGCCGGCCGCAGGUCCCAAUCAUUGCCUCCCCCACCAGCCCACCUCACCCCACCCCACCACCCCCGCACCCCAAGCCAAAGCCAAGCGAAAAAAAGCUUAGCAUAGGAGCCCCGCAAAAGCAACCGAGGGAGCGGCCGGCGGGAUGGCGCGCGGGCUGCGCGGCGUCCGCGACGACCUCUCGGAGCUGGGGCGCCACCUGCUCGACAUCGCCUGCUUCCUGCACCCGCUCCUCAACCCGGCCCACACCGACUCCCCGCCGGCCACGCCCACGGCCGCCGGCGGCGGCGGCGGACGCCGGGCACCCCCGCGCGCCGCGCGCCGCUCCCCGUCGCCGCACCCGCCGUCCCCGUCGCUCCUCGCGGGCAUACUCUCCGACCUCGCCGAGAUCGGCGGCUCCCUCCGCGGCGGCUUCUCCCGCGCCGCGACCCAGCACGACCACCCAGCCGCCGAGUCCCUGCAGGCCGCCGCGUCCCCGCCGGCCUCCCCACCUCCACCUGUCGCUGCCGCCGCCGCGCAGGUCCCCGAUGAUGUGGUGGGAGCAGCGCGCGCCCUCGCCGCGCGCCCCGAGGCGUGGAUCGACUUCCCCGUGCUCGCCCUCGACGAAAAUUCUAUAAUCUCUGAUAUUCAAAGAGAUCAUUUGGAAUCCAUUGAAAAACUUGUUCCAGAUUUAGCAUCUCUUAGGACUAGGCUCAGUCCUUCUUACAUGGAUGAAGAUGUAUUCUGGAAGAUAUACUUUAGGCUGCUUGAGUCGAACAUAAAUGAGCAUAGUUCGGAGGAAGACAACCGGAGUGUGCCAAACUCUAUACAUCACAUCAAUGAGAUAGAGUCAGAUUCUCCGCCUCAUGUGUGUGAGAUAGAAAGUGUUAAAAGCAACCAAGAAGGCUAUCAAUCUUCAGAUGGCCAAGCUUUUCGAAAGACAAGAUCCGAGCGAAGCAUUGACCAAUGGGUAUUCGCAAAGUCAAAAUCCGAGGAAAGCAUGGAUCAGUGGUCCGAAAUACCUUCGGAUGUGGAAUCUUUCAGAGAAGGUAAAAGAUACCUUAGCAGCGAGGAGCUGAGUGACGUUGAUAGUGCCAACGUUGUCGUCAUGGACAAAUACAUGGACUCGCUCCUGUCAGACCGGAGGAACCUACCAUACGCUAGCUCCUCGGUCCGCCGGGAUUCAGUCAGACGAAAACCUGCUUCAUCCACUGACUACAGCCACCGGCCUCCACAGCCAACUCCACCUGCAUCGCUGUCCAAGAAGGAAUCAUGGGACGUCAUCGAGGAUUCGGAGUUUGAUAUACUUGACAGUUAGUAGUGGAGAUCAUUGUGAUCUCGGGGUUGUUCGUCCUGUUUUCUUCCUUGUCAUCCUACACUCCGCCUGGUCUGUAAAUGUUAUGACGUUCAGGUGGUGUCAGUGAUCGUGGGAAAGGAUGUUUACCAAUAUAUCAUAAGUGUGUGCAUAUCUCUCCCUUUGUAUUUUGAAUGCAUCCUCUCAGCUCGCAUGCUGUAAGCUUGUAGCCUGAGAAAAUUGUGAUGAAUCUCAAUCUUUCUGGAA